GACUACGCAGCCGCGAUUGAAGAGAUGGGAUGAAGGGCCCCACCAAUCCGGGGAGUUGUUUCACAAUUCCGGAGAGGACCAACACCACUCCGGGGAGUUGCUCCAUCACUCCGGGGAGGAGCAACACCACUCCGGGGAGGAGCAACAUCACUCCGGAGAGCAACACCACUCCGGGGAACUUCUGCACCAAUUUGGGGACGACCAGCAGUCAAGGGAACUGUUCCAUCACUCCGGGGAGGAGCACCAUCAUGUGGAAGAACACCACCACCACGUAGAAGAACACCACCACCACGAACCUAAGGGGUACUGGAAGAAGAAACUCAUCUGGAAACCCGAUUGGCAGAAGAUAUGGAAACCCGCAUCCAAGCAGAUAUGGAAACCAGCGUGGAAAAAGAUAUACAAGCCGGAAUGGAAACCAAUUCAAGUACCUGCGUGGAAAGACAUAAAAGUUCCGGACUGGAAGAAAAUCUGGAAACCAGUGUGGAAACCGAUUCAGGUGCCUGCUUGGAAAGAAAUUCAAGUUCCUGACUGGAAAAAGAUUUGGAAGCCGGUGUGGGUCCCUACCAAAAUCCCUGGAUGGAAAGAAAUACAAGUGCCAGAUUGGAAGAAAGUGUGGAAGCCCGUGUGGAAACCGAUACAAAUUCCUGCUUGGAAAGAUAUUCAAGUUCCCGCGUGGAAGAAAAUAUGGGUGCCGGAAUUAGUCAAACAAUGGGUACCUGGGGAGAAACAUCACGGCAAAGAUCAUGACGGCUGGGAAUACACAUCCCAUGGGCUCUGGAGAAAGAAAGUGGUUUGGAAACCUGUGUGGAAAAAAAUCUGGAAAACUGCCAAGAAACAAAUCUGGAUUCCAGAUAAGAAACUCGUAUGGAAGGAAGAAUGGAAACAGAUCUGGAGAACGGAGAAAAAGCAAAUUUGGAUUCCAGACAAAAAGCUUGUUUGGAAAGAAGCGUGGAAACAGGUUUGGAGAACCGAAAAGAAGCAAAUUUGGAUUCCAGACAAAAAGCUCGUUUGGAAAGAAGCUUGGAAACAGGUGUGGAGAACCGAGAAGAAACAAAUAUGGAUACCUGAUAAGAAACUUGUGUGGAAAGAGGCUUGGAAGAAGAUCUGGGUUCCAGACUGGAAGAAAAUUUGGGUUCCUGCGUGGAAGAAGAUUUGGAAGCCAGUAUGGAUCCACGAGUGGGUUCUGAUUCCAGAACAUCAUCCUCCUCCAGACCAUCACGGCUGGGACCGCAAGGAUGACCAAGUUCCGCAAGCAUCUUCUCCUCAACAGCAGAA